AGCUGAUGAAGCAGCCGGUCACACUAAGCUAGCGUCUGUCGAUGACCGGGAUCCGGGACGUGAUCCGGUUCAUGCCGCGGCUGUGACUCGAUGCUCCCCGGCUUCGAUAACAUUUGUCCAGGCAGGAAUUCCUCGCCUCCUCCCCCAUUGCUAUCAACAGAGUUUGGCCCUCAGACCGCCGGCUAUCUCCGGACCUUUGCUCCCUUCUCUGUUAGCCAGGAGCUAGCUGCUGCUGCUGCUGCUGCUGCUGCUAUAAAGAGGAGCGGGAAGCCGCAGGCUGAGUGACCGGGAGAGCGCGCGCUGCAGCGGGAUGAAAGAUGGCGUCUGUCCGGGUGGCUGUGCGGGUCAGGCCGAUGAACAGGCGGGAGAAAGAACUGGAGGCCAAAUGCAUCAUCAGGAUGGAGGGAAGCAAGACCAGCAUCACCAACCUGAAGGUCCUGGAGGGCGUGGUCGGCGACUCGAUGAGGGAACGGAUCAGAACAUUCACCUACGACUUCUCCUACGACUCGACGGAUGGACGGAGCCGCGCCUUCGUCUCCCAGGAAACGGUGUUCGGUGACCUGGGCUCCGACGUGCUGAAGGCGGCCUUCGAGGGAUACAACGCCUGCGUGUUCGCCUACGGACAGACCGGAUCCGGGAAGUCCUACACCAUGAUGGGCGUCCCAGGCGACGCUGGUCUGAUCCCCAGGAUCUGCGAGGGUCUGUUCAGUCGGAUCGCUGACGCGUCGCGGCGAGACGAAGCUUCGUUCCGCAUCGAGGUCAGCUACCUGGAGAUCUACAACGAGCGAGUCAGAGACCUGCUGAGGAGGAAGUCCAGCCACAUCUACAACCUGCGGGUCCGCGAGCAUCCCAAGGACGGGCCGUACGUGGAAGACCUGUCCAAACACCUGGUGCAGAACUACAGCGACGUGGAGGAGCUGAUGGAGGCGGGGAACAUCAACCGCACCACCGCCAGCACCGGCAUGAACGACGUCAGCAGCCGCUCCCACGCCAUCUUCACCAUCAACUUCACACAGGCCAAGUUUGACGCAGAGAUGCCGAGCGAGACGGUGAGUAAGAUCCACCUGGUGGACCUGGCUGGCAGCGAACGCGCCGACGCCACUGGCGCCACUGGCGCCCGGCUGAAGGAGGGCGGGAACAUCAACAAGUCGCUGGUCACGCUGGGAAACGUCAUCUCCGCUCUGGCCGACAUGGCGCCGGACGGCGGGAACGCCAACCAGAAGAAGAAGACGGUUUUCGUCCCCUACAGAGACUCGGUGCUGACCUGGCUGCUGAAGGACAGCCUGGGCGGGAACGCCAAGACCAUCAUGAUCGCAACCAUCUCCCCCGCCGACGUGAACUACGGCGAGACGCUCAGCACUCUGCGCUACGCCAACCGAGCCAAGAACAUCAUCAACAAACCCACCGUCAACGAGGACUCCAACGUCCGGCUGAUCAGGGAGCUGCGGGCGGAGAUCGCCCGGCUCAAGGCGCUGCUGCUGCAGGGAAACCAGAUCGCUCUGCUGGACUCGCCCACGGCUCUGAGCAUGGAGGAGAAGCUGCACCAGAACGAGGCCCGGGUUCUGGAGCUGACCAAAGAGUGGACCAACAAAUGGAACGAGACGCAGAACAUCCUGAAGGAGGAGACGCUGGCUCUGAGGAAGGAGGGCAUCGGCGUGGUUCUGGACUCGGAGCUGCCUCACCUCAUCGGCAUCGACGACGACCUGCUCAGCACCGGCAUCAUCCUCUAUCACCUGAAGGAGGGACGGACGUACGUGGGCCGGGAGGACGCGUCCGGCGAACAGGACAUCAUUCUGCACGGCCUGGAACUGGAGAGCGAGCACUGUGUGUUUGAGAACCACAGCGGAACGGUUACGCUGGUGCCGCUCGGCGGGGCUCAGUGUUCGGUCAACGGGGUUCUAGUGGCGGCGCCGGUCCAGCUCAACCAGGGAGCCGUUAUUCUGUUGGGCCGGACCAACAUGUUUCGCUUCAACCAUCCGAAGGAAGCGGCCAAGCUCAGGGAGAAAAGGAAGAGUGGCCUCCUGUCCUCGUUCAGCCUGUCCAUGACGGACCUGUCCAAGUCCUGUGAGAACCUGUCCACUGUGAUGCUCUACAACCCGGGUCUCUUCACUCAGAAGGGCCCCGUCUUCCUCAGGCUAGAAUUCGAGAGGCAGCAGAGAGAAGAGCUGGAGAAGCUGGAGAUGAAAAGGAGGCUGAUCAAGGAGAUGGAGGAGAAGCAGCUGAGUGAGAAGGCGGAGCUGGAGCGCCUCCAGCAGGAGGUGGAGAGUCAGCGCAAGGAGUCACAGGAGGUGCAGCAACGGAUCCUGCGACAGGAGGAGAGCCUGCGCCGCCGCAGCCAGGACAUCGAGAGCCGCCUGCGGGACUUUCUCGCCGAGAAGGAGCGCUUCGAGGAGGAGCGGCGCUCCGAAGUCCAGGAGGUGGCACUGCAGCGCAGGAAGCUGCAGCAGGAGGAGGAGCGAGAGGUGGAGGAGCAGACGGAGAUCUGCCGCGAGCUGCAGCGGCUGCAGAGGGAGCGUGAGGAGCAGCAGGUGCGCCUGGAGGCGGAGCGGCGGCGGCUGGAGGAGCAGGAGCGGGAACAGCUGAGUCUGGUCGCCCGGCUGGAGGAGCAGCUGCGGGAGGCGCAGGAGGCGGCGGCAGUGCUGCUGGCCAGAGAGGAUGCGCGGCGCUUGGAGGAGGAGCGGCGUGUGCUGGCGGAGAUCAGGGAGGCGCUGCUGCGCGCCAAGGAGGCCGCCGAGCGCACGGACGGCGAGGACGCCGCUAAGGAGGCGCGCUCCGUCCAGAAACAGUACCUCGCCUUCAAGGAGGCCCAGGUGGAUGAGCUGCGGCGGCUGCAGGAGGCGCUGCAGCAGCAGAGGGAACUGCUGCAGGAGGAGGUGACAGCAGAGAGGAGCUCGCUGCAGCAGCUCGCACGCAGCCUGAAGGAACACCAGCAGAGGGCGCCGCAGGAUGUCGGCGGCCAGGAGGAGACGCUACUACGCCAGGCGCAGCACCGCCUGCACUUCAAGGAGCUGCAGCUGGCCAACAUGGCCGCCGGCGUGCUGCCGGCGCUUCUGGAGGAGCAACAGCGGGCGCAGGAGGUGCUGCAGCGGCACGGUGACGUGGCGCCGGCUGGCCUGGACAACACGCUGUUCCAGGUGGAGAAGGAGCUGGAGGAGACGCAGGACAAGCUGCACCUCCACUGGCACGGCGCGCAGCAGCUGCAGCAGCUGCAGGAGAGCUGCGAGUUCACGGCCAACGUGGCGCGGCAGGAGGAGAAGGUCCGCCGCAAGGAGAGGGAGAUCCUGGCCUGGAGGGAGGCGCAGCAGCAGGAGGCGCUGGAGCAGGCCGUGGCCCGGCUGGAGCGCCGCCACGCCGCCCUGAGGCCCGACCGGCCGGACCACCGCAGGGUGGAGCAGGAGAUCCAGGAGCUGCGGCGGCACAUCAGUGAGAGCGAGAACCAGAACCGGGCCCAGUCGGUCAGUACCGAGGAGAAGAUGGGUCACAGCAGCUCCCCGGUCGGACACAUGCAGAGUCUGAACCCGCUGCUGCCGCUGUCUGAUGACAGGAUCAACGCCUACAUCGAGGAGGAAGUGCAGCGCCGGCUGAGGAAGAUGAACUUCCUGAACGGCGGCGGCGUGGAUCUGUCCGUGUCCUGCGACUCUCUCAGGGACGAGGAGGAAGUUAGCGACUGUAGCUCUGUUAGGCUAACAGACGAGGAAGAGGAAAAACUGCAGAACAUAAAUCCACGAAGGCUGAAGUAUGAGAACGCCUGCUGGCCUAACCUCCUGGAGCCUGAGAGAGAAAAACGGCUGGAAUCCUCUGAUAAACUCCUGAUCGAAAAAGAUCUGGACAAGGAAAAAUGGUGGGAAGGAGAAGUAAACGUUCUUGGAAGGAAGCAGUUCCGAGCUGUUUGUGGCCCUGAUUGUUGCUACAAAGCGACCGACCAACUGAGUGGAACCAAGAACAUGACCGCAUCUGAUGUCGCGCCCGGCCGGGACGCUCUGCGCCGCCGCCAAGGAGCCCGUCAGGGUGAGCAUCCCGCGCUACGUCCUGCGCGGCCAGGGCAAAGACGAACACUUCGAGUUCGAGGUCAAGGUCUCGGUGAUGGACGACAGCUGGACCGUGUUCAGACGCUACAGCCGCUUCAGAGAAAUGCACAGGAGCCUGAAGUCCAAAUAUCCGGAGGUGAGCCGCCAGAACCUGACCCGUUGGUUCUGGUUCUGAUGAAACGGUUGUCCAGAACCGAGCCUGAUCGUAGUUCUGGUUCUGUUCUGAUGGUCUUUGUUUUCCAGCUGGCGGCUCUGGAGUUUCCUCCGAAGAAGCUGUUUGGGAACCGGGACGAGCGGAUGGUAUCGGAGCGCCGCAGCCAGCUGGAGCGGUACCUGAGGAACCUGUUUCGGGUCAUGCUGUCCUGCUCCGGUUCUCCUCUCAGACCCGAUGAGGACGGCGUUUUCCGCCUGUCCAAGUUCAACAUCUGUGAGUUUUCUCCGUUCUUCAAGAAAGGCGUCUUCGAGUCCAGCAGCCACGGAACCGGCUGAGGCAGAACUGGACCUUGCUGUCCAUGUGGUUCUGGUGGUUCUCCUGUUUGGUCUUGCAGGACGAGUCGAUCCGCUCUGGAGGACAGAAGCUUCAGGUCGGCUCAGACUACAGAACCCGCCUGGUUCUGGUUCUGCUCAGGACAUGAAAGAACAGAACCAAAGUUCUGGAUCCGAAGGGUUGUGGAGAAGAUCUGCAGCUUCUCUGUAGAAACAGUUUCCUGUUUGCUGCUAUAAAUCAAUAAAUUAUGAGCCGAGGAAAACGGAUCAGAACCGACGGCAGGUUGGACCAAAACCUGCUGGAGAGGCGAUAAAACUGGAAAUAAUUAUUUAAAUGUAAAAAUGUCUGAAAUAUACAAGAUAAAUGGGACUCAAUAAAGUCUGAAUAUCUUCA